UGACUGCGGCCAGUAGGGGACGCCGGCGCGAGGCUCUGCCAGGACCCCAGCACCGCCCAGCACAGAGCCGGACCGCCGUCUACGCCAUGCGCGUGCUGCUGCCGCUCCUGCGCACGGGUUGGGGCUGGCGCGCGUGGGCCCCAGCUGCUGCCCGCUUGCCCCCGGUUACGAGUACAGGGCCCGGGCCGCACCGCGCCAUGGCCCUCUACCGCACGGAGGAGCGCGGCCAGCCCUACACCCCCGAUUACCGCCUCUUCUUCAAGAAUGUAGCUGGUGACUACAUUUCCCCCUUUCAUGAUAUUCCUCUGAGGGUGGACUCUACAGAGGAAAAUGGCAUUCCUACAAAGAGAGCACGAAAUGAUGAAUAUGAGACUUUGUUUAAUAUGGUUGUAGAAGUACCUCGGUGGACAAAUGCUAAAAUGGAGAUUGCCACGAAGGAGCCAUUGAAUCCCAUUAAACAAGAUACAAAGGAUGGCAAGCUACGCUAUGUGGCGAAUGUCUUCCCUCACAAGGGUUAUAUAUGGAAUUAUGGUGCCCUCCCUCAGACUUGGGAAGAUCCCUGUCGAAAGGAUAAUAGUACAGACUGCUGUGGAGAUAAUGACCCUAUUGAUGUUUGUGAAAUAGGCUCAAAGGUUCUUUCUUGUGGAGAGGUUAUUCGUGUGAAGAUCCUUGGAAUUUUGGCUCUUAUUGACCAGGGUGAAACAGACUGGAAAAUAAUUGCUAUCAAUGUGAAUGACCCUGAAGCCUCAAAGUUUCAUGAUAUUGAUGAUGUUAAGAAGUACAAACCAGGUUACUUGGAAGCUACGCUUAAUUGGCUCAGAUUUUAUAAGGUGCCAGAAGGAAAACCAGAAAACCAGUUUGCUUUUAAUGGAGAAUUCAGAAACAAGGCCUUUGCUCUUGAAGUUAUUAAAUCUACUCAUGAAUGUUGGAAAGCAUUGCUUAUGAAGAAGUGUGAUGGAGGGGCUAUAAAUUGCACAAACGUGCAGAUAUGCGACAGCCCUUUCCAUUGUACUCAAGAGGAAGCGAGAUCAAUAGUUGAACUGGUGUCCUCGUCACUGAAUAAGGAAAGUAAUGAAGAAGACACAGAGCAAGUAUGGCACUUCCUUGGCAAGUGACUGGAACAUUUGAAGUUCUGUCAUCAAGAUUCCACUCUCCGAGGACUCCACGACUCCCUCUCCCCAAAUGCUAGAGACCAGCAGAGCUAUGAGAAUUCACUGACUUCCUGUUAAAACUUCAUUUUUUUCCCCAACUUCUUUUGAGAUAUACAAUAUGUAAAUAAACUGAAAUUUUUGAAUUA